AUGGACCCAAACGUGCAGAUAAGCGACACACGUGACGUGCCUCUGGAGGAGCGUCUGCGUCAAAAAAAGCAGGGAUUUGUCACGAAAAUACAGAGAGAGAAGGACGUAGCUACAGAGGGUAGUAAGGCGCACAGAGCUAACAAGAAUCAGCCAUUGGAACUUUCGUCCAAGCGGGCGGUCGGACGGUUUCGACAAGUGGUCGAAGUAAAAAAAAAACGUUUGCUGGAUCCACGCUUUGAGGCUCAAAGUGGACGUCUGAAUGAAGAUUUGUUUAACAAAAGCUACGCGUUCUUGGACGAAUACAAGCAGCGUGAGUUGCAGCAGCUUAAGCAACAGCUCAAGAAGACCAAGAGUGUAGCCAAGAAGGAUGAGCUCAAACAUGAGAUUGCAUUGAGGCAGCAGGAGAUGACAGAGAAGCAAAAGAGAGACAAGAUUCAAAGUGCAUUGACCAAAAGGAAGCGGGAGGAGCGCGAGGCUGUGGCAAGCGGCAAGGGUGCAUUUUACCUCAAGCGGAAGGACAAGAAAAAAGUGGAGUUGCAGGCCAAGUUCCAGGAUUUGCAGGAAACUGGAAGAUUGUCCAAGUUCAUGGCCAAGAAGCGCAAGAAAAAUGCCAGCAAGGAUCACAGAUGGUUGCCCACGCAGCGGAAAUAG